CAACAUGACCCACCGCCCUCGCGAAACGGAUGAGGGAAAAUGAUGCCUGAUAAACAUCAGGUCUUGUUCGGUGUACUAGGGAUUCCCUGUCACAUAUUGUCGAAUAAUUCUUGUGUUACGACGUAGAUACAGUUUAUUAAGCCAUGGGGAAAAAAGGAAAAGGUAAAGGAGGAGGAGCAGGAGGAAAUGCUGCCUCUGGCUCUCAGGGAGGCGCUCAGCAAACUUCAGCUCAAUCAGGAAACGCUCAGCGUCAAGGGCAGAACCCAGGUCAAGCACAAAAUCAAGGACAGGGGCAAGCUCAAAAUCCUGGUCAAGCACAAGGCCGAAACCCAGGACAGGGACAAGGUCAAAACCCAGGACAGGCACGAGUCCAAAACCCUGGUCAAGCGCAAAGCCAAAAUCCAGCCUUGGGACAAAGUCAAAACCCUGGUCAAGCUCAGGGACAGAACCCUCGGCAAGCUCAGGGACAAAACCCUACAGCCUGGGGACCAGGACAAAAUCCUGGUCAGAAUCCAGGUCAGGGAAGAGGCCGUGGCCAGAACCCCGGUCAGGGUCAAGGAAGGGGACGUGGCCAGAACCCCAGUCAGGGUCAAGGAAGGGGACGUGGUGCCCCAAAUCCAGGUUUUCAACCUCCUAUCCAGCACCAGGGGCCAGCCCAAGUUUUGCCUCCAGGGCAAGCCCAAGGCUAUGCUUCAGGGCCUAGGCAGCCACCCUGGGGCCAACCAAGCCCUAAUCCAACACAACAAGGACACCCCCCAGGAUUUGCUUCAGGGUCUAGGGCGCCACAGCCUUCAUCAUGGGGCCAACCAAGCCCUAAUCCAACACAACAAGGACAACCCCCGGGAUCUGCUCCAGGGCCUAGGCCGCUACAGCCUUCAUCAUGGGGCCAACCGAGUCCACCUCCAGCACAAGGAGUUCCUCCACAAGUUGUUCAUGGGGACACUGUACAAAAGUCUUCUGCGCAGUCCGAGUCCUCUAAAGGACCACAACAGGCACCUUCUUCAUCGGGUGAUGCACGAGUGACUCCUGCUGGUGGCCAAGUUAGCAGGGCUCAACCAGGAAAGUCCUUUGCCUUACCCCAGCGGGCCAAUUGUCCUCCGGACCCCAAAGUAGGAAGACCAAUCCAGCUAGAAGUAAACCAUUUACUUCUUCAAAUUAGAGAUCCAACCGUUAAGAUUUAUCAUUAUGACGUGGCGAUUGAUCCAGAUAAGCCAAAGCGUUUUAUGAGACUUGUAAUGGAGGAAAUGCAAAAAAAGUUUUAUCCAAGGAACUUCCCUGGUUUUGAUGGGAAAAAAAAUUUAUAUAGCAAAGGCCCUCUGCCCUUUAACACAGAGAUAUCUGAAGAGGUGAAUGUCAGAGAUGACGAACGCCAAGAUAAUAAACCCAAAACUUUCAAAGUAACCAUCAAACUUGCUAGAAACAACAUAUCGUUGCAAGAACUCUUUGCAUACCAAAAGAGUGGAAGGUCAACUUCUACUCCUCAAGAUGUGAUUCAGGCACUUGAUGUGAUCCUACGGUCAGCUGGCUCUCAAAGAUUUGUACAGGUUGGUCGAUCAUUCUUCUGUCCUCCCGUAUCGCCCAUGGAUUUGGGUAAUGGAAUGGAGCUGUGGUAUGGAUAUUUCCAGUCGUUCAUAAUGGGAAAUAAGCCGUAUUUAAAUAUUGAUGUGGCACACAAAGGUUUUCCAACAUCUCAGUCGCUUCUCAAGCUGCUGAAAGCAUUUGAUUCAAGGUCAGCAACCCCCGAGGAAGCCAUGAAAUACAAUCAACAUGAACUGGAAAGGUUUAUUAAGGGCUUGAAAGUUGAGUAUCAAGUGCCAAAUAUUGAAACAAGCAAGAGGACAUAUCGAGUGAAUGGCCUGAGAAGGAAUGCAUUUGAAGAAAGAUUUCAGAUGGGUGAUGAUGGCAAAACUAUUACUAUUGGAGAAUAUUUUGCCAAACACAAAGGUUAUCAAUUACGUUUUCCAAAUCUUCCUUGUGUGCAUGUGGGACACAGAGAAAAGGACGUAUUGGUUCCCUUUGAACUUUGUGUUCUGCUGCCUGGUCAAGCUACCCAGAAGAAACUUGAUGAAGGCCAAACUGCAAAAAUGGUUAAAGUUGCUGCCACUAAUGUACAAGACCGUAAAAACAAAAUAAAAGAAGCUAUGCAAAGGGCAAAUGUUAAUGCUAGUCCUCAAGUAAAGGAGUUGGGACUGUCAGUAGCAACUGAAUUUGCAAAAAUCAAUGGUCGUAUUCUACCAGCUCCCAAGCUGGCCUACUAUCAGAAUAGGACUGUUCAGCCUAUGAAAGGAGUAUGGCGUGGCGGGCAAUUCCGGGAGACACGCGCGCUGAAAAAGUGGAUUUGUCUUCAAAUCUGCAAUAUUCCCAGAGAAGCACUCAGUUCAUUUGCUGAAAAUCUGAGGAGUGAAGCGGGCAAAGUAAACAUGUUCAUGGAAAAACCUGACCCCCCAAUAAUUAUGGAUGGCAGGGGAAACCCGCAAAAGAUUUUAAAAGAUCUUAGAGAGAGACUUGGGGAGCUGAGCAAACAGGGAUACCAAUUAGUUUUGGUUGUUAUAAGUGGUUAUAACAAACAAAUAUAUGGCCAAGUAAAGCAAGUUGCGGAACUACAAGUUGGAGUACUGACUCAGUGUGUCAAAGAUCUCACUGUUACCAGGCGUAACAACCAAGCAACAGUGCAUAAUAUCAUGCUGAAAAUCAAUGCAAAGUUUAAUGGAAUUAACCAAGUUAUUGACGAUAGUUCAAAAGUGAAAUGCUUCAACAACAAGGUGUUAGUAUUUGGUGCUGAUGUUACUCAUCCUUCACCAGAUGCAAAAGAUAUUCCCUCCGUAGCAGCUGUUACAGCAUCACAUGAUGUAAAGGGCUUCAAGUAUAACAUGAGAAUCCGCUUACAAGCCCCAAGGCAAGAAAUGAUUGAAGAUUUGGAAGCUAUUGUCUACGAACAAGUAGGCAUUUACAGUAAAGAGACUGGUGGUCUUCCUCAGCAUGUUGUGUUCUACAGAGAUGGUGUCAGUGAAGGACAAUUUCAGCAGGUCCUUGGGAUUGAAUUAACUGCUAUUUUUAAAGCAUGUGCGAGACACAGCUUUAAACCAAAAGUAACCUUUUUGGUGGUCCAGAAACGUCACCAUACAAGGUUUUUCCCAAUGAACCCACGUGAUUCCGAUGAUAGAAAUGGUAAUGUUCCGGCUGGAACAAUUGUUGAUAUGGAAAUAACUCACCCCAAUGAAAUUGAUUUUUAUCUGGUUAGCCAUGCCAGUAUUCAAGGUGUUGCUCGUCCUACCAAGUAUCAUGUGCUAUGGGAUGAUGCGAACAUGUCAGAAAAUGACAUACAACUAAUGACGUACAAUCUAUGUCAUCUUUUCACGCGAUGUGAUCGUGCUGUGUCAUAUCCUGCGCCUACAUAUUAUGCUCACCUUGCUGCUUCACGUGGUCGAGUUUAUUUGGAGGGGAAAAGUGUGAGAUGUGAAGAAAAGAAAGACUGGGUGAAAGAAAGUAAAAUCAUUCAAACAGCUCUCAACUUCACCCAGACCUCUCCAAUGUAUUUUGUUUAGACAUAUUCCAUGCAUACUCAGUGAUUCAUUUUAAAAGUCUGUUUUGCUGUUUAUGUCACUUCUUAUAUUUUAUCUAACCUUUAUCUCUAUCUAUGCUUGAUUAUACAUCAUUAUUUGAAAUUGCAUGGCCUCAAAGAGGCAGUUGUGUCUCUUGUCAAUUUGAUAACUUUUUUCUUGUUAUCAUUUGAAUCAGUCAAAUGGGAAUCUCUGGUAACUUGUGAUAUUUAGUAAAGAAAUAACUUUGUUGUUAAAUGUAAAAUUGUGUUAAAGGCAUAUGUGUAUAGCAUAUUUGAUUUUUGGACAAUAUUCACAUCUUUCAACAGAAACAGUAAUCACAUGCAUGUUAAUGUUUACUUUAUUUGGCUUUUGUUUUCUCUUUAUUUUUUGCACCAAAAGUUUUCUUAUUUAAAUAGAUAAGAAAAUUCUUUUGUUUUUCUAAGUAUUAAGUUGUUUCAAUAAAAUAAUCUUGUAAAUAAA